AUGAGGAAGCACGAACUGAGAGCUCUUGCUGGCCAUUUUGAAUCGCUCCUCCCAAGGCAAUUGCGUGCUCCAUGUACAAACAGGCAUCAUCCCGUUUUGUUUGAUACUUCUCGUCAAGACUGGGAAUUUCCACGGAUGUUAGCAGACGCCGCGGCACAACCACGCCUGGCGUUUUCCAAAGGGGACAUGGACGGCAACCUUUAGGAAUCCAUGGGAGACGGGGACUUUUUCAACUCUGCCGAGAGACUUGAGGCAAGCGUUGCCGCCUCGAAUUCAACUUAAGGAUAUUUCCGAGACGUCGACAAAAGAUCGCUAGCAUGUACGGUGGCCCCGCAUUAUGACAUGCGGUCACCGAAACAAACCCGAGAGGAUAUUUUGGACUCGACUCGGUGUGAGUGGCAAAGGACGUAAACUCUAGGUCAUCGUAGAGAUGCCCCGGUUUCCGACUGUAAUUCAAACGACGAGUGAGUGGGGGGAGGGGAGGGUUCAAUGGUUUCAGUAACAGAGCAAGAAGGUGACGCUGGAAGACCCCAGGAGAAUGGAGUCGCCGGAGCAACGGGACCAGGCACAAUUGCUUUGGACACACCCGUCAUGUCCUUCACCGAGGUCGACGAGGACCGCCGAGAUGAGGAGGAAUCGGGAGAACCCGACGAGGCCCGAGGGGAUUACACGCGAAAUUAUUGGGAGGACGAGGACGACAUCUUCCAGGAGUUUGAGGAAUUGGACUUUGAGUCUCUGUCGGAUAACUCGGACACGAGGAGCGUCGCGUCCGACGAUUCUUUCUACCCGCUCGACACUAGCGUGGGAUCGGACGGUCUGCGCUCGCCGUGUCGCGGGAGCCCGGAGCCGAUAUCCUUCUUUAAGGCCUGCUGCAACAACAACACCGUCAUCGUCAAGAUCAUGAUCAGACAAGGACUGACCGAGGAGGAAGUGCAGGAGACGGACCGCAACAGAAGAUCUGCGCUGAUCGUAGCGUGUUACUAUGGCUACGUGGACGUGGUCAUCGCCCUCGCCCAGUGUCCUCACAUUGACGUCAACUGGCAGGAUAACGAGGGGAACACUGCCCUUAUUACGGCAGCGCAAGCGGGUCACGUGUUCAUCUCUCACUACCUGCUGAACUACUUCCCUGGGCUUGAUAUUGAGAGGAGGAACUGUCACGGUUUCACAGCUUUAAUGAAGGCCGCAAUGCAGGGUCGGGCCGAAACGUGUCGAGCGCUCAUGCUGGCUGGAGGUGACAUGCAAGCCAGAGACAACGGCCGCGGGAUGACCCCGCGGGAAUGGGCUCUCUUCACCGGUCGCUAUGAGACGGCUUACCUGAUGUAUCAGGUCAUGAUGAAGCCGUGCGCUGAGCAGUUUUGUGAUUCCUUCAGCCUGGAGUGGCCCUUGCUGGAGGAUCUUGUUGCCAAAGCCGAAGAGCCAAAGUCCUGCUGGAAGCGUUCUCUCGAGCUUCUGUCCUGUUGCCCUUACAGAUUCUACCUUAACAAUAAGGUGAACCCCGUGGACGAUGGCGUUCUGGAGCACAUGGUCCGGAUCACGACUGGUCUCAGCAGUCCAUUUAUCGCCACGGCCUGUCGGACGGUGUGCCCGGGAAGCCCGCCGUGCAUUGGAAAACGACGCUACGCGGUGCAAGAAAUUCUCAGGAGGCAACGCUUGGCCGAGCUAAAGCACCUCGGCCCCGACAGGCUGAACCACUACAAGAGAUUUUUCCAGAACUCCCGGGUGCAACUCGUCCCCAAGGCGAGGGAUCGGCGGGCCAGCCUCCAGCUUCAAUUGCUGGACGACGUGGCCGCUGCAUCCGCGGUGGCCAUAAGACGGGCGAGUCUCCUCCCGCUUCAUUUGCUGAGGAGGAGCAGCGUGCGACCGGGCAUCGUGGUACCAAAAGUGAGGCUCUGCAAGGCCCCGGCUCCCACUUUUAAACCGGAAAAGCUCCGACGCAAUACGAACUAUCAUCAGCUCCAAAUCCCAAAGUGGGAUUACAAGAUGAAGAGAAUCGAGAGAAAGAAGGAGGAGAGACUGUUACCACCGUCAAGGCGAAGAUGAGACGGCGCCAAACCGCAUUCA